GGCGGCGCAGCCCUCCCUCAGCAGUGUCAUGUCCGCGCUCCUUCUUCUGGGCGGGACCGUCUCCUCCUCUGACAGACUUCCUACUGCUGAGUCCUAGCUGGAGACGGUCACUGGAGCUGCGCGGUGUCUGUAGGUGUAAACAAUGAGUUAUCCUGGUUAUCCUCCAAUGGGUGGCUUUCCCCCUAUUCCUACAGGCAGUAACCUAUGGGGUGCACCCAGUAACCAACCUCCCAUUGGAUUGGAUAUGCAGACAGGCUUCUCUCAACAGUAUAAUCCACAGCAAUAUAUGACAGGAUCAGGUUUUCCAUAUGGAGGAAUGGACCCUUCCCAAGCAGUGUAUCCACCAGCAAGUGGUGGUUAUCCACCUCCACAAGCACCUAUGUAUGGGGCACCACAGCAACCUCAAGUUCCUGGUUUGGGUAUGUACCCUUCUCUAGGGGGUGGACCUCAACCUUGGAUACCAGGGUUUAAUACAGGAUACCCAGGCCAGCUUCCCGGACAACCAAUUCCAACACCAGGACAGCCACCAAUGAUGGCACCAGGACAGCCACCAAUGAUGGCACCAGGACAGCCACCAAUGAUGGCACCAGGGCAGCCACCAAUGCCAGCACCAGGUCAGCCACCAAUGACAUUCCCUGGCCAGCAACCAAUGCCAAGUUAUCCUCAGGCUCCAGCAGUGAACCCCUCCAUGCCGCAGUAUCCAUCACUACCCUCAGGAACACCUAGUAUUUCAACAACAAUGGCAAGGAAACGAGGUACCAUUACCGAUGCACCAAACUUUGAUCCACUCAGAGAUGCUGAAGUUCUCAGAAAGGCCAUGAAAGGAUUUGGAACUGAUGAAAAGGCCAUCAUUGAAUGCCUGGGUAGCCGGUCUAGCAAGCAGAGGCAACAAAUCAGUUUAUCCUUCAAAACAGCUUAUGGAAAGGAUUUGAUAAAGGACCUGAAGUCUGAACUUUCUGGGAACUUUGAGAAAACAAUUUUAGCAAUGAUUAAAUCGCCAGUCGUUUAUGACGCCCAUGAAAUCCAUGAUGCCAUUAAAGGUGCUGGCACAGAUGAGGAAUGUCUCAUUGAGAUCCUAGCAUCUAGGCCCAAUGCAGAAAUUCAGGAAAUCAACAGAGUGUAUAAAGCAGAGUUUAAGAAGACGCUGGAACAAUCUCUUAAGAGUGACACAUCUGGACACUUCCAAAGACUGCUCAUUUCCCUUAGUCAGGGGAACAGAGAUGAGAGCGCCCAUGUAGAUAUGUCACUGGUCCAGCGUGAUGUACAGGAGUUGUAUGCAGCUGGAGAGAAUCGUCUGGGAACAGACGAGUCUAAGUUCAAUGCCAUCUUGUGUUCACGCAGUAGGGCACACCUUAAUGCGGUUUUCUCCGAGUACCAGAGAAUGUGCAACCGGGACUUGGAGAAGAGUAUCUGCCGUGAAAUGUCCGGGGAUCUGGAGAGAGGCAUGCUAGCAGUGGUAAAAUGCCUUAAAAACACGUCAGCUUUCUUUGCGGAACGUCUCUACAAAGCAAUGAAGGGUGCUGGAACAAAAGACAAGACUCUGAUCCGUAUCAUGGUGUCUCGGAGUGAAGUGGAUCUGCUAGAUAUACGUCAGGAAUACAAAAGAAUGUAUGGCAGAUCUCUAUACACAGAUAUCACGGGUGACACAUCUGGAGACUACAAGAAGAUCCUGCUGAAGCUUUGUGGUGGCAAUGACUGAGCGGUGUUCCCACCUUCUGACUCAAGGACUCUUCAUCUAUGUUUUUGUCUCUCAUUUUCUAUGCUUAGAUGCAUCAUGAGCUCACUGCCCAGGAUUCUAAUAUAAAACCCUGGACAUUUAGCUCCUCAGUGGUAGUUUGCACCUCUACAUGAUCUGUAUAUAGUUGUUUUAAAGAAAAGCACAAUCCACAAUUCCUUUUACUCUGUUUCCUCUUAUUAGGUUGUGUUCUGGUUCAGAUAAAAUGUUAUAUUAUAUAUGUGAAAGGCAGGGGUCGCUGCUACAGUAUGUAUUGGCAAAUCUCAACUUUGCUGAAACCCUCUUUUUCCCCAAUUAAAUAUUUUACUGUAUGCAUGUGCUUUUUGUAAGUAGAACAUCUUUCUGGUGACUACAACAUAGACCCAGAAUUUGAAUAUUAUUGUGCCAUGUAUGCUUGGAGAACAGAGGGGUGGUCUGGGAUAGUACUUUUUAAUUCAAUAAAGGCUAAGUUCACACCACCGGUACUGAUCCAGCAUGUCAGUUUUAGUUAAUACUUGUAUUUUCCUGAAAUAAUUCUGAAGCACUUUUCUUAGAAGUUCAGUAUUCUUCCAUUCCCCUGUUAUUCCUCUUAAAUAUUCAUUAAUAAUUUAAUAACUAGGUGUUACAAAUUCUCUUGCCAAAGAGUAUGUACCUACACAGUUCUUUCGUACUGAUUGCACGGUGUCAGACUAUGUAGGGACACACACUAACUGCUAAUACCAAGUUGUCAAUUUAUUGAUAAAUUCCCAGCAGGAAUAAUAGGAGCAGCAUACUGCAGAGUUGUAAGAAAAGAUGCGCAAGACUUUUGUGGAGAAUACAAGUAUUUCCUAAAAAGAAAACCUGUCAAGAGAAGUGACAGGUCCUUAUUAAAUGAAAUGUCUUUCAAAAAGAUCCCACCCUUCUUGCAGUGUAUGAAAGCACCGGAGUGGUGCUUGUAAGUUCAUCGCCUCCCUUAUGAUCAGGAGAAACGGUUUUGACAUUUAAUGCAACUCAUUCUUUAUGAAAAGGCGGCUAAAUAUGAAAAAGUCCCUUUGGACAUUUUGUUGUCUCAUGAAUAGAUGUAUAUGAGCUGCAAAAUAUUUGCUUUAAAGUGUGCUAGGGUGAUAAGUGAGAGUGACAUAAUAAAGUGUACCAGGGAUCAUAAUCUAUCAAAGAAUAUUGUUAAAAUAAAAACAGCCUUUGUCAAACAAA